AUGGCACCGCCGAAAACCGCCCGAAGCGGUCAAGACGACUCCAGGCCUGACGCCUCGACGCCGAAGGAGAAGAAUGGAAGCGGCGCCACGACUCAGUCGAACGGCAAGAUGCGGAGGGUUGCGAGCAGCGCGGGGUCAAACUUGCGCGAGGUGACAAAUGCAAAUGCCACAAAAAAUGCAGCAGCUCCAACAGCAACUACAACCACUGGCAGUGUACCAGAGCCGGCUAGCCCAGGACUGCAAUGGCCUGCCUUUGACAGGGACGUUCUCCAUGCCUACCGUCGGGCGUAUCGCCUCAAGACUCCCAGCUCCUUCGUUAGCGAUCACCACCAAUGGGUCCUCACUCAGCCGGGAAGCAUUGGUCUCUAUUCACCGACAAUUGCUAGACGCAAAGAAUAUAGGAGGCAGACCAAGGACCAAUUGACCAGCGCAGUGCGGAGGCACUUCAACGGCCUAGGAGCCCAAGAAAACGAUAUCAUCGUCGACUUUCUCCACAAGAUCAGAUGUCAGAGUGCGUCCAAGUGGAGGACGCGAAGACCCGAACAUGUAUCCCAGGAUCUUGAGCGAUGA